AUGACCUAUGCCCAAUGUUAUGAGAAGUUAUUGUCUAAUUCAGCUAUUGCACCUAUCCCGAGAAGAGGACCCCAGAAUCCACCUUACCCCCUUGGUAUAACCUUGAGGAAGCCUGAUGUGACCACUAAUCCUCUGCCAGAUCAUGGCAAUGGAGAUGCUAAUGCCGUUGAGGAUUCUGGUGAGUUUAGAAGGACAAUUGCAAAGGUAAUUAUGCCUUUGAGUUUGGUGCUGGAUGCUUUGGAAAAUGAGGGACUUAUUAAAAGAGAGAAGCUAGACUUGACAUUGAAAUAUGAUGGCUAUGAUGAGUUGAAGACUUGCGAAUUUCACAAAGGCAUUCAAGGACAUUCUCUGGAGAGUUGUUUUCAAUUUCAAGCAAGGGUGCAAGAUUUGAUUGAUAGCAAGAAAGUAGUAUUUGGGGUAAAGUCAAGGUGCUCAAGUGCAGUUAAUGUUAUUGGGGAUGAAUUCUAUAAGAGACCAAGGCCUGGUGGGCGGGCAAAGCCAAUUGUCUUGUUGUACUUUCUAGAGGAUCAAUCGAUUGUAAAACGUCCCCUUCCUUCAAAGCCUGCUUAUGUGAGUGAUAAGGUUGUUCCGUGGGUAUACGAGAAAAGUGAUCUUGGGGUUGCUGUGGAUAAUAUCUCAGGAGUGAGUAGGAUAACCCGAACCGGACGAGUUUACUCUCGGGAGGAGUCAGGUGACCCAGUGUCAGGAGCGGAAGCUGAAAGGAAAACGAAGGGAAAGGAUGUUGUAGGAGCGGAAGAGAAUUUGAAAGAUUUGAAGAAAGAUCAGAUUGAGUUUCUAAAGAUUAUCCGUCAAAGUGAAUAUAUGAUUGUAGAUCAGCUGAAAAAGACCCCGGCAAAGAUAUCUAUCUUGGAAUUAAUCAUGAGUUCGGAGCCACACCGUAAAGUGUCGUUAAGAAUGUUGAAUCAAGCCUAUGUGCCAGAAAAGAUACCGAUAGAAUCUUUUGAUGGGAUCGUUGGAAAUGUGCUCGCAACUCACUUGUUAUCAUUCACUGAAGAAGAGAUUCCAGAUGAAGGGAUGGGUUAUAACAAGGCGUUGCAUAUUUCUACCAUGUGUAGGGGUUUUGAAGUGACGAGUAUUUUGAUCAACAAUGGAUCGUCGUUGAAUAUCCUGCCAAAGGAUACUUUUGAUAGGUUGCCAAUUGAUAGAUCAUAUUUGAAGCAAGUACUAGUGGUGGCUAAAGCCUUUGAUGGAACCAGGAAGGAGAUAAUGGAGGAGAUUGAGGUCCCACUAAAGAUUGCAAAUGUGACCUUCAAUGUGCCUUUUAUGGUGAUGGAUAUAUCACCUACUUACAGUUGCUUGUUAGGGAGACCGUGGAUCCAUACUGCUGGUGCGGUACCAUCAUCUUUACAUCAGAAUCUCAAAUUUACUCACGGAGGAAGAGUUUACAUUGUUAAGGGCUAG